UGGAGAGAGCAGUGGAGAGGGAGGGGGAGCGAGCAGGGGGAGAGAGGAUAUCUGCCGAGCUCCUGAAUGGAAGCUGCUGACAGUCGGCUUGUUCUGGCAGCGGCGAGGAACGUUAGCGGGACAGCGAGGGGCCGCCGGGGACAGGGCAGGCGCUGGGGACCCGGGGAUCGAUACGGCACAGGGAGCGGGCGGGAUUCCCCCCCCCCCCCCGACCCCAAACUCCCACUCCCCCGAAUGCAGACCCGCGCCCGGCCACGGCUCACGGCUGGAGACACUAAAGCAUGCUGGAUGUCAACCUGCUCCUCACAAGCUGUAGGGUAACUGCCAGCGUCCUGAGGAGGCUCCCGGCCGUGACCAUGGGCACGACUGGCAUCACCAUCGAGGAGGUGCGCGCGCAGGAGGGCAAGGAGGAGCGAGAGGAGUCCAUACUGGCCCUGCUGGGCAUCGUCGGCACCUUCCUCAACCUGUUCGUCAUCGUCUUCGUUUACAUCUACACCACCCUGUGAAGGGUUACCGACCCCCUCUCCCCCCGCCCCCCUUCACCUCCCUCUCCCCACCACACCCCCGCCCCCCUCCCCCUCCCCCUGGGACAGCGGGAGAGCGGCGGACAUGACGGGCCGUCGCCCCCGGAGACGGGCUCCGGACCGGGCCGGGGGAGACCCAGAGGGACCGGCGCCGGGGAGAUAACAUUCGGCUGGCAGCGCGCCGGGAAGGGGGGCCGGACUGCGGUCUCCCAACACGCCCCCCCCACCUCCCCCAAAAACCCCCCUCCACUCCCGCCUGGACCCAGUGACUUACAGGGGUUGAGACUAUAAACUGAGAAAAAGACGUUCUUUUUAAACUGGAUUAUAAACGCAUUUUGGAUUAACUGACUGAGAGCGGACAGCGAGUCAGAAUGACACGCGCGCGGUGUCGCCGUGGAUACGGGACAGCCUCGCCGGAGGGACUGUGAGGCUCGGCGCAGAACCCAAACCGUCAGGGACUGGUGUUUUUCUUUUUUUGUUGCUGUUUUUUUUGGGAGCGCUCGGCAGACGUGGGACCGUACCGUUUCCCUGACAACCGGGCGCCCGAGGAGCUUUGCAGAGAGUCACCCGCGUGUGUCCAAAAGCCACGGCGGAGUUUACCCCCCCCCUCACUCCCCACCACCCAAAAACAGCUCUGGGGAAAGAGAGGGCAGCGACGCUUCCUUAUUCUUUGAUUUUUUUUUUUUGAUGUCCGUAUUUCAAGACCAAACCAGAGAGCGGGAGAUCUGCAAUAAGGAGAAGGAAAAAGGACGGAAGAGAAAGAUAUUUUUAUAUGGAGGGGAAAAAGAAAAAAAAAACUGGCUGGCUGUGGAGAUGAAUUUGGCACAGAGAGACGGGGUAGUGGGGGCCACUCUCCGCCCCCCCCCCUGGGAAAAGGACCGUGUUGCAAAUACCCAACACGACCGACCGUCCUAACACCGGUGCGGUCUGGAUUAGCGUCUGCCGCGCGGGGAAGCUCUUCGUACUGUGUGCGCUCUCUCCUGGUUCCAGAGCUGUGUCAGCGGCGCGUUUCUGUACAGAGCAGGAGAGGCUUUUUAUAAAUACUAUGAAUAAACUCUAGAUGUACUGUGUGCAAUAGGUGAAUCUGACCAAUAAAAAUGCGACUGUGUCAACGAGAGACGCGUGGCUGUGUUGAUGGGGGAUCUGCGGCCGAGCUCUGGCGCGCGCGGGGGGUUGGCUGUUUUGUUUUGCGUUUUU